AUGACCAUGAACAAGAUGAAGAACUUUAAACGCCGUUUCUCCCUGUCAGUACCCCGCACUGAGACCAUCGAGGAAUCCUUGACAGAAUUCACAGAGCAGUUCAGUCAGCUCCACAACCAGCGGAAUGAGGACCUGCAGCUCAGUCCUCUUGGCAGAGAUCCCCAGCCAGAGUCCAGCACCUUCUCCCCCACAGACAGUGGGGAGGACCCCAGGCCACUGUCUCCUGGCAUGCGGUACCGGCGGCAGAACCAGCGCCGCUUCUCUGUGGAGGACAUCAGCAAGAGGCUCUCUCUGCCCAUGGACAUCCGUCUGCCCCAGGAGUUCCUGCAGAAGCUACAGCUGGAGAACCCAGACCUGCCCAAGCCACUCAGCCGCAUGUCCCGCCGUGCUUCCCUGUCAGACAUCGGCUUCGGGAAACUGGAAACGUAUGUGAAACUGGACAAACUGGGGGAGGGCACUUACGCCACAGUCUUCAAAGGGCGCAGCAAACUGACGGAGAACCUGGUGGCCCUGAAGGAGAUACGGCUGGAGCAUGAGGAGGGGGCACCCUGCACUGCCAUCCGAGAGGUGUCUCUGCUGAAGAACCUUAAGCAUGCCAACAUCGUGACCCUACACGACCUCAUCCACACAGAGCGGUCCCUUACCCUGGUGUUUGAGUACCUGGACAGUGACCUGAAGCAGUACCUGGACCACUGUGGGAACCUCAUGAGCAUGCACAAUGUCAAGAUUUUCAUGUUCCAGCUGCUUCGGGGCCUUGCCUAUUGUCACUGCCGUAAGAUCCUACACCGGGACCUGAAACCCCAGAACCUGCUUAUCAAUGAGAGGGGGGAGCUGAAGCUGGCAGACUUUGGACUGGCCCGGGCCAAGUCAGUGCCCACAAAGACCUACUCCAAUGAGGUGGUGACCCUGUGGUACAGGCCUCCCGAUGUGCUGCUGGGCUCCACGGAGUACUCUACCCCCAUUGAUAUGUGGGGCGUGGGCUGUAUUCACUAUGAGAUGGCCACCGGAAGGCCCCUUUUCCCCGGCUCCACAGUCAAGGAGGAACUGCACCUCAUCUUCCGCCUACUUGGGACUCCUACAGAAGAGACGUGGCCAGGUGUGAUGUCCUUCUCAGAGUUCCGAACCUACAACUUCCCCCGGUACCUCCCCCAGCCACUCAUCAGCCAUGCUCCCAGGUUGGACACUGAUGGCAUCAACCUCCUCACCAGCCUCCUCCUGUACGAAUCCAGGAGGCGUGUGUCAGCAGAGGCAGCCUUGAACCACCCCUACUUCCGGUCUCUGGGUGAGCGUGUGCACCAGCUGGAAGACACUGCCUCCAUCUUCUCCCUGAAGGAGAUCCAGCUCCAGAAGGACCCGGGCUACCGGAGCCUGGCCUUCCAUCACCCAGGACGAGGGAAGAACCGGCGGCAGAGCAUCUUCUGA